UCUUCAGUGCUUCAUUUAAAAAAAAAGGCAACUAUCUUCCCAGCAUGGAGGUGAUGUACAAACAUUGUUCAGCUUUGAUUUACUUUACUGAAUUUAAUUUAAAAAUGCAUCGUGGUACUAGUUCUUACCAAGAAGAGUGGCAAAGAAGAGUAUCUAGAAGGGUAGACAGCCUGUUUGUUGAUCUCCCGGUCUUAUCUCCAGUCACUGAAGAAGCCUCGGAUUUAACUGAUAAAUCACUAAUACCCCACGAUGAUGAGUCUGACAGUUCCACCAGAUCUGUCAGUCCUCUACCCCCCCUCAUCAUAGAAAUACUUCCUAACAAACAUGAUGAGCCUGAGGAAUAUUACGUGAAACUUCAAAAAAGAAUGAUCAAGGUAUACCGAAGGCUGUUCAUUGAAAAUAGAAGCUUAAGUAGUGGUGUGUACGAUUCAGAUUCCAAUGGCAACUCUGAUCUUGACAGUUUCGACUAUGAUGAAAUAGGUUUUGAUGGCAAUGUUCGUGACGUUGAAAAUAGAACCUUAAGUAAUGGUAUUUACGGUUCCAUUUCCAAUGGCAAUUCUGAUCAUGAGGGUUUCGACUGUGAAGGCAAAGAUUUAGAUGGCAAUGUUCGUGAUUUUGAAAAUAGAAGCUUAAGCCGUGGUAUAUAUGAUUCAAAUUCCAAUGGCAGUUCCAAUGAUGAUGGUAUGGACUAUGAAGCUAUAAAUUUUGAUGGUAAUGUUCGGGGCGUAGAAAAUAGAACCUUAAGUAAUGGUGUAUAUAGUUCAAAUACCAAUGGCAGUUCCGAUCAUGACGGUAUGGAUUAUGAAGCUAGAGAUUUUGAUGGCAACGUUCGUAACACUGAAAAUAGAAACUUAAGCCAUGGUAUAUACGAUUUAAAUUACAAUGUCACCAUUCCAGUGGCAGAUUAUGGUGGCAAUAAUUUUAAUAAUGGUACGGAUAGUAAUGAUUCACAUUAUUCCGAUGAUUAUGAAGCUGAUUUUGAGUCAAUAGACACAACAAUUGAAUCUUUAAAUAGACGUGGAAUAGACGCUGAAAUGUCAAGACCUGAUUAUGAAGACAGGCAAAGCCUAGCCCCUACUGAAAUUAUAGAUACUGAAGAUUUAUCAAACCCUAAUUUAGUAGAAAUAGAAAGACCGAUCAGUGUUCAAAAUGUUAUUUUUCCAAAAGAUUUACAUAAUGCUAGAAUAGAUGAUGAUGAUAAUGAAAUGUUACAUGAAUCUAGUAGCAAUGAUUUGAAUGAAAGUCAUCAAAGAAAUGAUUUUGAAGAAUCUAGAAAUUCACUAAAUACGGACUUGGUUAAUAAUGAUAAUGAAAUAGAGGAAGAUAUGGAGGCACAAGAUGAUGAUAAUGAUUUGAAUGAAAGUCACCAAAGAAAUGAUUUUGAAGAUAUAAAUGCAGAUGAAUCUAGAAAUACCACAAAUACGGACUUGGUUAAUGAUGAUAAUGAAAUAGCAUUAAAUCAAGAAGAUAUUGAGGCAGAGGAUUGUGAUGAUAAUGAUUUGAAUGUCGUUGAAGUGGUGACAGAUGAAAAUGAAGAAACGACUCUUAGUGCAGGUACAGAUUACAGGCAAAUAACAACCAUAGCUCUGGUCCACGUCGAUGGUACAAAACACCACAAAGAUAAAGAGAGUACAGUAUAUGAAGAGUCGGUAAAAAGUGUGAUUCUACCCACAAGGCCGGUUGUGAGGACUGCCAUACGUAGUGAGGUGAUGCAAGUGGAUUUUGAAGAUGUGGUGAGAGUGGAAGACAAUGAAGAUCCACCCACAAUCUUACCUGACUUGUCCUAUCAAGAAUCUUCUAUCAAAGAAAUAGAACAAAUGAGGUUUGGAAACCCAGAUUUAUCUCAAGAAUCAAUAUCAUUAACCCAUUAUCGCGACUCGGAAUCACUCGAACCAAUUGCGUAUAUUGAAACACCCACGGAAAAUACGUCAUCGUCACAAAAUGGCGCCGGUGGACACUUCGAAUUUGACAUUUCUAACGACAUCCAUGAAAUUUUGAGUUAUAAUUUCAAUGAAAGUCGAAAAAGUAGUAGUAAUUCCAGGAAAAGAAAGGCCGAUUUAGAUAGCAAAUCGGUGCAGACCAGUGAAGUUUCUACAAGGGAUUAUUUUGAUGGGCAAAUCUUUCUAAAGGGGGCAAAAGUGUUUCGGCUUUGCUCUUGUAAAGAUCAUGUUUGUCACUAAUUUAUUAUUGAAGUUCAUUUAAAGACUUAUUAAAGCAUAUUUUAUCUAGCAGUGGGCAGGUAUACCUAUUUAAGUUAAAGAAAUAGUAGUAUUACCCACGUUGCAAGUUAUUUUAAAUGAUUUCUACAUUUUUUUAUGAAAUAAUUUUAAUACAUGAAGUAUUUACUUAAGUUUAGGUGGUUUUACUUAGUAUUCUUUUGUUUUUUGUUUGUAAAAUAAUUAAUCACAAAUUAUGGGGAAACGAUAUAAUUAUUAUGA